AGAGAGGCAUUGGAAAUUGUCUGGGUAAUGUAGGGGAAGGUGGGGAGCAGGCCCUCAACAUCUGGUCUCGGAGAAGCUCAGCAAAUCGAAAUACACUUCUCCUUUUUCUUUUUCAUUUGUCGGCCCUAGUUUCUCGGCGACGUAUUUCCCAUUUUCCGGCGAACUCGCUGGAGCUCCUAUCUCCGGGAUUUACGGACUUCGUCUUUGUCUUCACUUUCUCUCUCCUUUUGUUCUGUCCGAUUUUCUGUUUGUUUCCCGGGAAAACCGAGGGAAAGUCCCCGAUGUUUGGAUUCUCUCUCUUCAUUGAGCUGAUCUGAGCUCAGAAGCUAGCUAUCAGUGUCCUCCUUGCCGUUCUGUGAUUGGUUUCGGAACUCUAGUAUGAUGAACUAGGUAAGUUAUAUAUGCUGCUCAGAGUCGCCGAAGAAAGCAAUGAAGAUGCCGGCCAACUCUGCAGGCGCUGUUUCCACUUCCACCGCUCCCAAUCCCGGCGAAGGAGGAGGCGGAGAGAAGAAGAGCAUAAACCCGGAGCUAUGGCAGGCUUGCGCAGGGCCACUGGUGAACAUGCCCCCUGCUGGGACCCACGUCGUCUACUUCCCUCAAGGCCACAGCGAGCAGGUUGCAGCAUCAAUGAAAAAGGAUGUGGAUGCUCAAGUCCCAAGCUAUCCAAAUCUCCCCUCGAAGCUCCUAUGUCUCCUUCACAAUGUCACCUUGCAUGCUGACCCAGAAACAGACGAAGUGUAUGCUCAGAUGACCCUUCAACCUGUUCCUUCUUUUGACAAGGAUGGUUUAUUAAGGUCUGAUCUUGCACUCAAGUCAAACAAGCCUCAGCCAGAGUUUUUCUGUAAAACAUUGACAGCAAGUGAUACAAGCACUCAUGGAGGUUUUUCUGUGCCUCGCCGUGCAGCUGAGAAGAUCUUUCCUCUUCUUGAUUUUUCCAUGCAACCACCUGCUCAAGAACUUCUGGCACGGGAUUUACAUGAUAAUGUAUGGACGUUCCGGCACAUCUACCGUGGACAACCAAAACGUCACUUGCUUACGACUGGAUGGAGCCUUUUUGUUAGUGGCAAGAGGCUUUUUGCUGGGGACUCGGUUUUAUUUAUUAGAGACGAAAAGCAUCAGCUCCUCUUGGGCAUUAGAAGGGCUAACAGGCAAUCCCCCAAUCUAUCAUCAUCAGUAAUGUCAAGUGAUAGUAUGCAUAUAGGGAUCCUUGCUGCAGCGGCCCAUGCAGCUGCAAGCAAUAGCCCCUUCACUGUGUUUUAUAAUCCUAGAGCUAGCCCAUCGGAAUUUGUUAUUCCGUUAGCCAAAUACUACAAAGCAGUUUAUGGAAACCAAAUUUCGCGUGGAAUGCGCUUCCGGAUGAUGUUUGAAACUGAAGAAUCAGGAACCAGGAGGUAUAUGGGAACAAUUACAGGCAUUAGCGAUCUUGAUUCUGUAAGAUGGAAGAACUCACAGUGGCGUAAUUUGCAGGUUGGUUGGGAUGAGUCGACUGCUGGUGAAAGGCGUAAUCGAGUUUCUCUCUGGGAGAUUGAGCCUGUGACAGCUCCAUUUUUCAUAUGCCCACCUCCAUUCUUCGGAUCAAAACGUCCAAGGCAGCCAGGAAUGCCCGAUGAUGAUUCUUCUGAUCUAGACAACAUAUUCAAGAGGACCAUGCCUUGGAUUGGUGAUGAUAUUUACAUGAAGGAUCCCCAGAGUCUCCCUGGCCUAAGCUUAGUCCAGUGGAUGAACAUGCAGCAAAAUCAAUCCCUUGCAAACUCAAUGCAGCCCAGUUACAUGCAUACAUUGUCAGGGUCUAUUCUGCAAAACCUUCCUCAAGCAGAUCUUUCACGCCAAUUAGGCUUGGCAGCACCACAAAUGUCUCAGCUGAACAACUUUCAGUUCAAUGCCCAGAGGCUGCCACAGCAAGCACAGAUUCUCGACCAGCUUCCAAAUUUGCCAGCCUCUGUCAAUCCAUUAACCUCCACAAUACAACCACAUCAGCAGUUGGGUGAUAUCGCUCAAUCAAGGCACAGUUUGAUGACUCAAAAUGUACCUUCCAAUCAAGCUCCAACACAAAAUUUGCAGCCUCAGAAUGCAGUCCAAACUAAUAAUAUUCUCCCUCAUCAGCAAUCUAUUCAGAACCAUCAGCUUCCUAGAAACCUUCCUCAAAACCAACAGCAAAAUCAACAAAAACAGCAGAUUAUGGGUCACAAUCAACAGCAAAAUCUACUGCAAUCGCAAUUUCCAGAGCAAGUAAAUCAGCUACAAAUGUCUGAUGGUCAGAUUCAUCUUCAACUGUUGCAGAAGCUUCAGCAGCAACAGCAGUCACUUUUAGCGCAGCAGUCCGGGCUUCAACAGUCAGCUCAACUUUCCCAAUUUCAUGAUCAGCAGAGGCAACUAUUCGAUAUGUCCCAGAGUUUAUCAAGGUCGAUUACACCAAACCAUACAUUGGAAAUGCCUCAAGCGACACCAACCUCAAUUCCUCAGUCGAAUGUCCUCCAGCAGCAGAUGACAAUGAGCAGCCAAGCUAAUUUUCGGUUUUCCCAUCCAUCUCAGCAACCAAAACUUCAACAGCAGCUGUCUAGCAUGCUCCCUGAAAUGCCUGGACAUGUAGGACUUCCUCCGACCUCAACCUCCAACCUGCUUUCUAAUGCUGGAGGUAAUAUAUUAAAUGGAGCUUUGGUAGGUAGGCAGUCGGGAAUUACUGAUGACGUUCCAUCAUCUUCCACUUCCCCUUCUACAAACAAUUGCUUAAAUUCUAUCCAGCGAAUGAUGAACAGCCGUCCCCCUCGUGGCACAUCAUUGGGGGAAGACAUGGCUCAAUCUGCUGCAACAAUUUUGAGUCCUGGUUCCUUGGAAACUAUGUCAUCCAAUACCAAUUUAGUUAAAGAUCUAUCGCAGAAAACUGAUAUUAAGCCCUCAUUGAACAUCUCCACGAGUCAAAGCCAAGGAUUGUUUACCCAACAAGCAUACCUAAAUGGUGCCGCUCCCCCUACAGAUUAUUUGGACACAUCAUCUUCGACAACUUCAGUUUGCCUUUCUCAGAAUGAUGCCCAUGCACAGCAGAACAACUUAUUCGCUUACAAUACACAAUCAAUUUUGGUAAGGGACACAAGUCAAGAUGGCGAAGUUCAGGAUGAUCCAAGAAAUAUCAUUUCUUAUGGUACUGACAUUGAUGGCCAGUUUGGGGUGCCCAUCAUUCCUGAUACUUCACUAACAAAGGGCGUGGUCAGGAUGGGGAAAGAGUUCUCAAAAAAUCUUUCUUCAGGAGGGGGUAUUUCCAACUAUGAAAAUUCAGAAGAUCCUCAGAAGGACCUCUCAUCCUCAAUGGUUUCCCAAUCAUUUGGAGUUCCAGAUAUGGCAUUUAAUACGAUUGAUUCCGCAAUAAAUGACACCAGCUUCUUGAAAAGAGGCUCAUGGGCACCAGCCCAACAAUUUCAGCGAUUGCGUACUUAUACCAAGGUGUACAAACGUGGAGCUGUUGGAAGAUCAAUUGAUAUUGCCAGUUACUCGGGUUAUGACGACCUUAAACAGGAUCUGGCUCGUAGGUUUGGUAUAGAGGGACAGUUGGAAGAUCGACAGAGGAUAGGCUGGAAACUUGUGUAUGUGGAUCAUGAGAAUGAUGUUUUGCUAGUUGGGGAUGAUCCUUGGGAGGAGUUUGUGAACUGUGUACACUGCAUCAAAAUCUUGUCUCCACAAGAAGUUCAGCAGAUGAGCUUGGAUGGUGGUUUUGGAACUUCUGUUCUUCCAAAUCAAGCGUGUAGCAGCUCUGAUAAUGUGAAUGCCUAAAGUACUAAACCACGAAAAUAACUGCUAUUCUUCAGAGCAUGUAUUAUUUGUAGGAUUAUAUGCAUAGAUAUCUGGAUAGCAUAUACAUAUAUAUAUAUAUGUAUAUUUUAAAUUUGUUUCAGUGGCUCUGCUGACUUCAAAAGGAGCAAGCAAGGCAAGAAGUGAUCCUAUGGCAAAUAUGGCAUCAGAGCCCUUCUGUUAACUUUUAGCUCUGCUCCAAAUAAGAGGCAUACAUGUAAGAAGUGGGCAAAAUGAGGGACGAAUUAUCUCCAGAUAAGUUGAUGGUUAUUGAUCCGAGUUUGAAAGAGUAAUAUAUGUCUCUUUUUCUUUUUAA